AUGGAAGAGCCUCCAGAAGAAGUUCCGGCAGAAUCCUUGGAAGUCGAAAGCAAAGCCAAGUCCUCAAAUGACAGCCACACAGACAGCCAGGAAGACAACAGGCAGAAACAAGAUGAAGUGGAGACAGGUGACCAGACUGAUCACAAAACAGCUGACCAGGCUGUCCAAGGAGUGUCUGGCCUGGCUGAACCCAACAAAUUUAGUCAAGCUGACCCCAAACUGUAUGAACACGUUGGAGAAAGAACAUCUGAUCAGGCUGACCUCAGAGCAUCCGACUAUUUUAAUGUUGUCGAUGAUAGAGCAUCUGAUCAGGUUAACCGAAGAAUGUCAGAACAGAUGGACAGCAAGGCAUCUAGCCAAGCUGAUGGGGUUGACAGCCAGAUGUCUGCUCUGCCUGAACAAGGUACCUCUGAACAAAUUGAACAAAGGGCUUCAGAACAGAUUGAUCACAGGAUGUCCAGCCUAGCUGAGAGAAGAUCUUCUGAACAGACUGACCGUAAACCAUCUGUCCCAUCUGUACAAAUAGCUUCUGAGCAGAUUGACCACAGAACGUCCCAACCAACUGACCAAAGAACUCAACAGAUUGAAAGUAGAUUGUCUGGCCUGGUUGAGCGAAAAGCUUCUGAACAGAUUGACCAUAGAUUGUCUGUCCAUGCUGACCACAGAGCAUUGGUAAGGACUACCAGCGAAGUGUCUGACCAAGUGACUAAACCAGCUGAAUACCAAGCUGCUGACCCUGCUGACCACCUUAAAAUUGACAAGGCUGACCACAGUGUAUCUGACUUAAUGGACAAAGAGUAUGACUACACAGAAGACAACAUGUUUGACUAUGGAGAACAUAGCCAGUCUGAUAACAGAAUGUUUGCAUAUUUUGGCAACAUCAGGGAAGACAAAGAAGAUGACUUCAGAGUACAACCCUGCAAAUUUGAGCCUAGCCAGACAGACAGCAACGUAUCCAAGGUUUCCUUUGAAACUGACACCGAAAGUGUAACCGAUCUGCAAGCAUUCAACCCAUUUGAUGACAGAUUGAUCGAUCACUUGCAAGAAAAAGACCUAGCCUAUUCCCCAAAGUUUCCCUCCAUUUCAUCCAAAUUGGAUUACAUCAUCAAUCAGGAAAAAACUCAAGCCACAGAAAUCAAGCCUGAUGAUAGUUCAGAAAUCCAGGAAAGAAGGAGUUCUCAGGCAUACAACAAAUCUUAUAGGAAGCAGUUUCCUCCUCUAAUAUAUGAAGAUCCUUAUUACGUUGCACUACAAUACAUGGAGAAACACCACAUUCUGCAAAUAUUCCAGAUCACUGAAUCUUUAGUCUACGAAAGGCCAGAGGACCCCCUGAAUUUUAUGCUCUGCCAGGUAUGGAAUAGGAGAAAAAAGACCACCUUUUUAUUCUGUUUAUUGUGAAAUAUAGCACACAUACAAGUGUACAGGACAUGGAAAACUCAGUGAAUUACCAUGAAGUGAGCAUACCAGUAACUA